GACCGAUAACUCGGGGUUUCCAUUCGUUAUCUGCAGUGAGUCGAGCGUGGAAGCGUAGUGUAGCAGAAAGCUCCGAGUAAGAGCAGGAGAGGAGCAAAAUGGCUUGCGAAACCAUAAAGGUAACAGCUUCACCCUCCUCCUGCAGCUUACAUGGCUCGCUUAGACGCCUAUCUCUCGCUUCUCGCCGCUCCCUUGCGCACAGCUCCUUCCUUGCCCCCGGUCUCCGUCGAGCUGCCGUCUCCGAUUUAUUCGGCGGCCUUCGCCUGAGGUCUGGAACUACUGUUCAUCUGUCUCAGGGUAGAAAGGAAAAGUUCCUAGUCAUGGCAGCUGCUGAAGAUGAUUCAAAGCGAAAAGUGCCUCUUAAGGACUACAGAAAUAUUGGCAUUAUGGCUCACAUAGAUGCAGGCAAAACUACUACCACAGAACGCAUUCUAUAUUAUACUGGAAGAAAUUAUAAGAUCGGGGAGGUUCAUGAGGGAACAGCCACAAUGGACUGGAUGGAACAGGAACAAGAGAGAGGUAUCACUAUAACUUCUGCAGCGACAACUACCUUUUGGAACAAUCACAGAAUUAAUAUUAUUGAUACACCUGGUCAUGUUGAUUUCACACUGGAAGUAGAGCGUGCUCUCAGGGUUUUAGAUGGAGCAAUAUGCUUAUUUGAUAGUGUUGCAGGCGUCGAACCACAAUCUGAAACUGUAUGGCGACAAGCCGAUAAAUAUGGAGUCCCCAGAAUAUGUUUUGUUAAUAAGAUGGAUCGCCUUGGGGCAAAUUUUUUCAGAACAUGUGAAAUGAUAGUCACAAAUUUGGGUGCUAAACCACUUGUCCUGCAAUUACCGAUUGGUGCAGAAGAUAGCUUUAGUGGAGUUGUUGAUGUUGUAAAAAUGAAAUCUAUUAUUUGGACCGGAGAAGAAUUAGGUGCUAAAUUUUCUUAUGAAUGCAUACCGGAAGAUCUCCAAGAAUUGGCUGAGAACUACAGGACUCAACUGAUGGAAACUAUAGUCGAGUUAGAUGAUAAGGCCAUGGAAAACUAUCUGGAAGGAAUUGAACCCAAUGAGCAAACCAUGAAAUCCUUAAUUAGGAAAGGAACCAUUUCAGGUGCUUUUGUUCCUGUUUUAUGUGGUUCAGCAUUCAAAAACAAGGGAGUUCAACCUUUGCUUGAUGCUGUAGUAGAUUACUUGCCUUCACCAAUAGACUUGCCUCCAUUGAAGGGCUCUGAUCCAGAAGAUCCAGAGAGGGUCCUUGAAAGAUUUCCCAGCGAUGAUGAGCCUUUUGCUGGAUUGGCCUUUAAGAUCAUGAACGACCCUUUUGUUGGAUCUCUCACAUUUGUUAGGGUAUACUCUGGGAAAUUGUCUGCUGGAUCAUAUGCUCUUAAUUCAAACAAAGGAAAGAAGGAGAGAAUAGGAAGGCUCUUAGAGAUGCAUGCCAAUAGUAGAGAGGACGUCAAAUCAGCAUUGACGGGUGAUAUUGUUGCACUUGCUGGCCUAAAAGAGACAGUAACAGGUGAAACACUCUGUAUCCCUGACAAACCUAUUGUGCUUGAACGGAUGGAUUUCCCAGACCCUGUCAUUAAGGUUGCUAUAGAGCCCAAGACAAAGGCUGAUCUUGAUAAGAUGGCUGUUGGGCUUAUUAAGCUAGCUCAAGAAGAUCCAUCUUUUCAUUUCUCAAGAGAUGAGGAGACUAACCAAACUGUUAUUGAAGGAAUGGGAGAGCUUCAUCUUGAGAUCAUUGUUGAUCGGCUUAAGAGGGAAUUCAAGGUUGAGGCAAACGUAGGUGCACCCCAGGUAAAUUAUCGUGAAAGCAUCUCAAGAGUUUCAGAAGUGCAAUACAUACACAAGAAACAGUCUGGAGGCCAGGGUCAGUUUGCUGAUAUCACGGUGAGGUUUGAGCCUUUGGAACCUGGGAGUGGUUAUGAAUUUAAGAGUGAGAUAAAGGGUGGAGCAGUUCCAAAGGAAUACAUUCCUGGAGUGAUGAAAGGCUUGGAAGAGUGUAUGAGCAAUGGUGUGCUUGCAGGCUACCCUGUUGUCGAUGUUCGGGCUGUUUUAGUUGAUGGGACUUAUCAUGAUGUUGAUUCAAGUGUAUUGGCAUUUCAAUUGGCUGCUAGAGGUGCUUUCCGAGAAGGAAUGAGAAAAUCUGCUCCGAGAAUGCUUGAACCUAUAAUGAAAGUUGAAGUUGUCACACCCGAAGAGCAUUUAGGUGAUGUCAUUGGUGAUUUGAACUCUAGAAGAGGCCAAAUUAAUAACUUUGGGGAUAAACCUGGUGGUCUGAAGGUUGUUGAUGCUUUGGUUCCAUUGGCUGAAAUGUUCCAAUACGUGAGCACGCUUCGUGGGAUGACAAAAGGGCGCGCUUCCUACACGAUGCAGCUAGCCAAUUUCGAUGUUGUUCCCCAACAUAUACAGAAUCAGCUCUCCUCUAAAGAACAAGUUGCCGUUUGAUUUUGUUCGGUUUGAAGUGGAGACAUGGCUUUGCACCGAUUUUUCGAGCAAUUUGAUCGUCAUUCGUGGGAGAAUAACCUUGUUUUCAUAUUAGAAAAAAAAAAUGUAAAAAUUAAAUCAUUUGUGAGAAUGCAAUAUGUAGUUUGCUAUUUACUCAUUUAGUUACCAUAUAUUUCCCAAAAGUUGGCUUUGGGCUUGAAUUUGAGGAUUAACGAACGUAAAUAUAUUUGUAUAUGUUCUGUACUGAAUUUAAAAAAAAAGGUUAUAUUUU